AGCUGAGUGCUGACAGUCGCAAACUCUCAAGCAGUCAUUGCUGUUGUGAGUGAAAUAGUUUAACAGUAACUUGCUGUUUAGUUUGUGACAUCUUUGCCUCUUCUGUUCUGAACUCAGCUGACAAAACUGAGCUAUGGCUACGUGACUAAACCAGUGGCAGGAAAGAUAAAGCAAAUUUUAACUGCAGGAUUUCUGAACAACCAGGGGUGAGGAGACAGGAUGGAACUUCACGUGUGGAGCCGUAAAAGGCCUCUGUUCAGCGGAUAUGAAGAGGAGCCUCCACUGAAAUGUCUGGCCAGUCUUGAAACUCUGCUAGGCAGAGAUCAACAGAUCGUUUUAGGUCAGAGGGGGUAUUUCAGGAGAAACUAUGGUCACGUCUGCACACGAGAAGCCUAUGUGAACUCAGAAGCUCGGUACCUGACGAACACUAAGAGCUUCUUUGAGCAGAUAUCGUCCUGGGGUGACACACAACACUCUGUGAAGAAAGUGUUGGAGCAUCUCAAGCUCAGACAAGCCACCGAUAGCGUUCUCCUCAAUGACUCAGUAAAUAAGAAAUUUCUGGAGUUUCACCGUGACUUCACCGAGGAAUGUGGCACAGAGGAUAAACAGCAUUCGUGGGCUGUUAUUGAGAAACGGGAAGAGGUCAUCAUGUAUGGACCUUAUUAUCCCAACUACAACAACGGAGAACACAGUGAGGACAUCAUUAUUAAACAAACACAGGAACUCCUGGAGUCAGAGGAAUCCUCCGGAGACUGGAAGGUGUACGUUUUCACCAUGAACAGCCCGUGUUUGGCGAGACACACUGGCCCGUGCAUGCUGAACCUGGUUCAGAAAGCUCAUGAGUGGUGGAGUGUGUAUGGAGUAAAGACCCAUAUUGGUUACGUGAGAUGCUGGGGCUUCAAAGGAACAAAAGAAAAUCUGUUCAGGGACAUUGACUACAACCAAGUGGACUGUAUAAAUCAGACUGAGGACCACAAGGAGUAUGUUAAAGCAGCUCAACAGAGAAGUGGUGUCAAUCCUUUAUGUGAAAAUCUGAGUUCUGCGGUUAAACGCCUCCUGAGAUCUGUAAGUCUGAGUUUCCCUUUGAUGACCAUUGUACAAGGCCAGGACUGGAAGGGUUACUUCAAAAAAACGCAUAGUGUCAUUGAAUGCAAACCCGAGGACGAGAAAAAAGUUUUAACACAGGAGCUGAACGCCAUGAUCGAAGCUGCACGAGUUCGACAGGACUCAGAAAAAAGUGGGAGUUUUGACGAACAUUUAGAAAGAGGGAAGGCAUUUACACUUAAUUACACUUUCAGUCCACAAGUAUAUGAUGCCCUUCAGGGUCAAAUGAGACUCACAUUUCAACAGUGUUGGGCGGAGAUGGUACAAGACAAAUACGCAGAGUUAAUCAGGGAGAGGCUGACUGAAGACUUCAAUCAACGUACUGUUGGGCUUUUUAUCGAAGACAUAGUAAAAUUCACAAAGGAAUACUUACAAAUCGGAAGGAUACAGUUUUCAGAAGAGUCAAAAUGUCCACAGUCUGUUACCUAACUUAACACUUAGGCAAGAUCAUGAGGAAGUUAAUUAAAGACCAGUUAUUCCACUAAUCUUUGGUAUGCCUUUGAAGCAGAAUGAAUGACAGUAAACCCUUACAUCAUACAUACUAUUUACAUUAUGUCAGAAAUGCUUUAUCUUCACUAGGCUCCUCAGUAGAGCCAGUUUAUCACAUUACACAGUUACACUGGAGUGUAGUUUUUACAUAAACACAUAUGCCUUUUUACUCAUAUAGUUAUUUUGGUAAUUACCUGUGGCAGUAUCCCAUAUUUACAACAUGUUUCUCACAAGCAAAUUAAAGCAGGGCCUCCCUGAAAACUGCUGUGUGCUAUGUGGUUAAAAGUAAUAUUUUUGCUAAUAUGCAAAAUGACGUUGGCUAUACGCACGGCUUUGACAGGAAACAGUUAAAUUAACGGUAAAGAGAAUGUGUUUUUAUUUCAGAUGCUAUUUUAUUUAUUUUCCUUGCAGCUAUUAUAUAUUUUUUAUAUGUCAUUGCAAUUGCA